AUGACCUGGGAACUCAACCGACGACGGUUUGUGCGUGCCGUCAACAGCAAGUACAUCUAUGGCCGUUUGCCUCUCCUCCACACAAUCGUCCUCCUCAUCGAAAUGGCGCUCCUUGCCCGGCUGACGGCGCGAUUCAAUGCGCAUUACAACGAACGACCUCUCAUUACCAUGAUGGUCACCAACGCCAUCCUUGGUGGCAUCGCUGAUACCGUGGCCCAAACCAUUACCGCCGUGCGCGAGCGAGCCGUCAGAAAGCCCGGCGGAGUCACCAAGGACGACAGCUUCGCCAUCGAAAUCCACGAGCUGGACGAAAAGAAUCCGUUCCUCGACCACGAGCUGAUCCCCGACUCUAAAAACCUGCCCCCGCCGUUCGACUUUGAGCGACUCACGAGAUUCAUGGCAUACGGCUUCUGCAUGGCUCCUGUGCAGUUCAGAUGGUUCAAGCUCCUCGAGAGGAUGUUCCCCAUCUCCAAAGGGAGCGCAUUUGUGCCUGCCAUGAAGCGAGUUGCCUGUGAUCAGCUCAUCUUUGCGCCGUUUGGUGUUGGUGUCUUCUUCACGGCCAUGACCAUUGCCGAGGGAGGUGGCCGUCGUGCGGUCGCCCACAAGCUGCGAGACAUGUACAUCCCCACGCUCAAGGCCAACUACGUCGUGUGGCCGGCGGUGCAGGUCAUCAACUUUCGCUUGAUGCCGGUGCAGUUCCAACUGCCAUUCGUCUCGACUGUCGGUAUUGCCUGGACCGCCUACCUCUCCCUUACCAAUGCAUCUGAUUAA